GGCCAUCGAUGAAAUUGUGAAGCAUAUUUUCAACAAGUUGCGUCCUGAUUUGUUUCGAUAUGAUGAUAAAUUGGUUGGAAUUAGCCCAAGACUACACCAAAUAAAUAUGCUUUUGGGAAUAGGUUUAGAUGACGUACGCUUUGUUGGAAUAUGGGGGAUGGGUGGAAUUGGCAAAACUACUCUUGCUAGAAUCAUUUACAGAAGUGUUUCCCAUUUAUUUGAAGGAUGUUAUUUCUUAGACAAUGUCAAAGAAGCUUUAAAGAAAGAAGGCUUAGCUUCAUUACAAGAAAAACUUCUAACAGGAGCUUUAAUGAAAAGAAACAUUGACAUCCCUAAUGCUGAUGGAGCUACGUUAAUCAAGAGAAGAAUAAGUAAUCUAAAAGCUCUUAUAAUUCUUGACGAUGUCAACCAUCUAAGCCAGCUUCAAAAGCUAGCCGGCGGUUCUGAUUGGUUCGGUCCGGGAAGUCGAGUCAUCGUUACAACAAGAGAUGAACAUCUUCUGAUUUCACACGGGAUCGAAAGACGAUACAAUGUCGAAGGGCUAAAAAUUGAAGAAGCUCUUCAACUUUUUUCACAAAAGGCAUUUGGAAAAGACCAUCCAGAAAAAGGGUAUUUUGAUGUUUGUAGCCAAGUUGUAGAUUAUUGUGGAGGGCUUCCAUUAGCAAUUGAGGUUUUUGGAUCCUCUCUACGAAAUAAACCAAUGGAGCAAUGGGAAAAUGCUGUGGAAAAACUGAAGGAAGUUUGUGAUAAAAAAAUUCUUGAGAAGUUGAAAAUUGGUUAUUAUAUGUUAGAGAAAUCUGAACAGAAAAUUUUUCUAGACAUUGCAUGUUUUUUCAAGAGGAAGAGUAAGAGACAAGCAAUCGAAAUUCUUGAAAGUUUUGGAUUUCCUGCUGUUCUUGGACUGGAAAUAUUGGAGGAAAAAUCUCUAAUCACUGUGCCACAUGACAAGAUACAAAUGCAUGAUUUAAUACAAGAAAUGGGUCAAGAAAUCGUUCGUCAAAACUUUCCGAACGAGCCUGAAAAACGAAGCAGGUUGUGGCUUCGAGAAGAUAUAAAUCUUGCUCUAAGUCGUGAUGAGGGAACAGAAGCAAUCGAAGGCAUAAUGAUGGAUUUGGAUGAGGAGGGAGAAUCGCAUUUGAAUGCCAAAUCCUUUUCAGCAAUGACAAAUCUAAGAGUAUUGAAAGUGAACAAUGUUCAUCUCUGUGAAGAAAUUGAAUAUCUUUCUGAUCAAUUGAGGUUUAUCAAUUGGCAUGGUUACCCUUUAACGACCUUACCAUCAAAUUUCAAUCCCACAAACCUCUUGGAGCUUGAGUUGCCUAAUAGCUCCAUUCAGAAUCUUUGGACUGCCUCAAAGAGCUUGGAAACAUUGAAAGUGAUAAACCUAAGUGAUUCUCAAUUCCUAUCCAAGACCCCUGAUUUGUCGGGAGUUCCAUAUCUUGAAAGGUUGGUUUUGAGUGGCUGUGUAGAAUUACACCAACUUCACCACUCUUUGGGGAAUCUAAAGCAUCUAACUCAAUUGGACCUCAAACAUUGCAAGAAAUUAACAAGUAUUCCUUUCAAUAUUUGCUUAGAAUCUCUCAACACUUUUGUUCUUUCAGGCUGUUCAAAUCUCACCCAUUUCCCAAAAAUCUCAGCAAACAUGAACCAUUUAUUAGAGCUUCAUUUAGAUGAAACAUCCAUAAAAACUUUGCAUUCAUCAAUAGGACAUUUAACAGGACUCGUUCUAUUAAAUCUCAGAAAUUGCACAAAUCUUCUAAAACUUCCUACCACUAUUGGCUGUUUAACAUCUUUGAAAAGCUUAAAUUUACAUGGCUGCUCAAAACUUGAUAGUCUUCCAGAGAGUUUAGGAAAUAUUUCUUGUUUGGAAAAGCUUGAUAUUACUAGCACUUGUGUAAAUCAAGCUCCAAUGUCUCUUCAACUUUUGACUAAACUAGAAAUACUAAAUUGUCAAGGACUUUCUCGCAAAUUUCUACAUUCAUUAUUCCCUACUUGGAAUUUCACUAGAAAAUUCUCCAAUUCACAAGGGUUGAAAGUGACAAUUUGGUUUAAUUUUGGUUGUUCUUUGAGGGUUUUAAAUUUGAGUGAUUGUAAUUUGUGGGAUGGAGAUUUACCUAAUGACCUUCAUAGCUUAGCUUCAUUGCAAGUUCUUGAUCUAAGCCAAAACCAUUUUACCAAAUUACCAGAAAGCAUUCGUCAUCUUGUUAAUUUGAGAGGUCUAUUUUUGGUGGAAUGUUUUCAUCUAUUGUGUUUGCCAAAGCUUCCAUUAAGUGUUAGAGAUGUGGAUGCAAGGGAUUGUGUUUCACUAAAAGAAUAUUACAAUCAAGAGAAACAAAUUCCUUCAAGUGAAAUGGGAAUGACUAUUAUUCGUUGUCCUAUAACCAAUGAACCAACUCAAAGCUACAAAAUUCAUCAGCCUGCCCUUUCUGCCAUUCACCUAAGGACAACAACCCAACGAUACCUUGAGGUACUCACAUGGCAACAAGAACAAUACUUUUUUGUCAUUCCCUAUCCUAAUUUCAUAGCUUGUUUUGAUGAAAAAAGAUAUGGAUUCUCAAUCACAGCCCAUUGUCCACCAGAUUACGUAAGUGAAGAUAAUCCAAGGAUUGGAAUUGCUUUAGGUGCUGCAUUUGAAGUUCAAAAACAUGAAAUUAGCAACAAUAACAGUCCAAAAGUUUGUUGUGACUUCAUAGUGAAAAUGGAAACAGAUGAAUGCCCUCUAAAAUCACCUCUAGUGUUUGAUGGCAACAAAGAUGAAUUGAAAAGCCAAAUGGGACUAUCAGUAUUUUACAUACCAACGAAUAGGAUAUCAAGGUGGCUGAACCAAUGUUGUUGCAUUGAGGUUUCAAUAAUCACUGAUAACCCAUUUGUAAAGGUCAAAUGGUGUGGAGCUUCAAUACUGUAUGAACAAAAUGCAGGGAGUUUUAUCGGGAAGAUUAUCAAAGCGUUGUUUGGAUCUCCUGAUAAAUACCAUACAUCAAUUGUUGACCAUCUUUUGAAUCGUCAGAAUCGUGUUGAUGUUUCUACUUUGCUUGAUGGCGGAGCUCGUUACAAGACUUCUUGGUUUAACGCAUUACAAAGGUAA